GAUUAUUGUCAAUGCAAAUGAUGAUAAUGAAUUCAAAUUCUCAUCAUCAUCGAAUUAUCAUUUCAUUGUAAAGCCAACAUCGAUAUCAAAUGUCGAUGAUAAUCGUUUCCUAUUCGACAUCAAAUCACCAUCAUCAUCAUUAUUUGCAUCAACAUCUUUAAUUCAUCCAAAUCAUCAUCUACCUCCUCUACAUUCGAUACAUUCAAAACGAUCAGAUAAUAAUAAUAAUAAUAAUGAUGAUCAACAUAAUAGACCGGCUACAAUGACAUUUGUUGUUAAUGGUCAUCAUCAUCGUGAUUCACAUGAUCAUAAUGCUGAUGAUGAUGAUGAUGAUAAAAGAAGCCGACCUUUCCAUCAACAACAACAACAACAGCGGCUAUCCGAACAGCAUCAUCAUCCAUUGUUAUCGAUCAUGGAUUUGAAAUCAACAGGUCCAAUUCAUCAUCAUUCGAAUGCAAAUGAAUUGUUUUCAUCAUUGUCUGAUCAUCAUGAUGGCCCAGUUUCUACAAAUGUCGCCCAUCAUGAAUCAUCAUCAUUGAAUCUAAUUAGAAAUGACGAUAGUGAUAGUGAUACAAAACGAUCAGUACGUGAACCGCGAAGAAAUUCCAAAUUAGGACAAGAUUUUCCUCCAAUCAAGAAAGAUGGCGAUUUACCGGCCGCUGGACGUAUAAAUUCCAAAGAUUUAUCACGUUCAAAUAAUAAAAACGGUAAUAGUGGCUCAUCACAUGGAAUGGAUGAUCUUCUUGGUGGACUUGCACAAUUACUUGGUGGUAAUCUUAAAAUGCCUACUUCAACUACAGGAAAUGGUCCACCAUUACCAUUGCAGCCGCAUCUAUUUACCAAUCCGGAUCAACAGGCAAAAUUAGCACAAAUGUUAUUAGGACAAAUGGCCAAUAAUGGUGGACUAAAUCAACGAAUACCUGCACAUUUAGCACAUCUUAUACCUCGAGGUGGUCCAAAUUUUCCGACUGGUUUUAGUGGUGGUCCUGUUGGUCCGCCACCGCCACCACUACCACCACCCAAACUUAAUGGUAGACCAUCGGCCAAUUUCGGUCAAUCUAAUUAUCCUUCAUUUCAAUUGCCAUUCAUUCCUUUAUUAUCAACUGGUGCUAAUUCAAGACCACAACAAUCACCACCGGCAAUACCAUUAAAUAAUCCACCAAUGCUAAUGCCACCUGUGAAACCUGGUUCAAAUAGUAUCAAUAAUAAUAAUCCAAUGAUGAAGAUGCCACCAACAUUACAUGGACUAUCUAAAGCCGAAAUGGAUGCCCUAAUUCAUCAAUUCAUAUCGCCAUCGGCCAAUAUAAAUAAUAACAACAAAACGAUGAUGAACAAUGUGAUUGCCAAUCUAAUGUCGAAAAUUAGUUCUUCAUCAUCCGGAGAUCGAUUAGAUCAUUCAAGUAAUAAUAAAAUUGAUACAUUCAUACCAUUUUUCGGUGCACAUCAUAACAAUGAUACAUCAAAUGGUAAUAAUGCAAUUAAUAAUAAUCGAUUAUUGAUAACAUCAUCGGCAUCGGAACCACCACCACAAAUUAUAACAAUGCAAGAGGAUGAAGGGCCAAGUGUAUUCGAAAUGGUUGUUAAACAUAAAAUUGGACCUACAACCACAUCGACUACAACUAUGAUGACUACGAUUUCCUCUAAUUCAAUUCGACCAACAUCUACGACAAUAAAUCCAACUAUUUCGACCGUUAUCAAUCCUGAUGUAACCGAAAUUCGUAAUCAUCACCAUAAGCAGCAACAGCAUCAAAAUCCUGGUAAUCAAUAUUCACAUAUAUUACGUGUUACAUCGAAUCCAAUUCAUUCAUCUAAAAUAAACGAUGUUGUUUAUGGAAAACGUAUUCCGGUUACUACAUCUACUGUCGGUUUAGAGCCAUCGUUUACAUCAACAACGAUAACUUCAUUCUCCUCAACGAUUUCAUCAUCAUCUACAAUGGAUAAAACUUCAGCUAGCCAAGAAUUACCGUACCAAACGGCUACUGUUUCAACACCACCAUUAAAUUUACCAACAACAAGUGUAUCAUAUGGAAAACCUGUAAUCAUGCAAUUACCAAUUGAAAAUGUAAAGCCCAAAAUCGGACAAUUUGACCCAACACAUAUGAUUGAUGCAACAAUAGCUACGGCUAGAAAUAAUGUCGGUGGAUCGAAUAAUAAAAUUGGUAUAAUCGAAUCGAUAAAACCAUCAAAAUCAUCACCAGGUAAUCAAAUACCCGGGACCGGUUCAUUCAGCAACACUAAUAACGGUGGUACUCAAAAUUCAAAUUCUACAACGAAAAAAUCAUUGGCAAAACCAUAUGUACGUCGUCCGGCAUUUCGACCACGGCCAAAUGUACCGAUCGUACGUAUUGAUACCUGUAUCGUUGGUGAUGAUAGUACAUGUGAUAUUUCAUUGAAUGAAAAAUGCAUUACCGAACUAGGUCUUAGUUCAUGUCAAUGUCGACCAGGUUUUGCACGAAUUAUUCCACGUACAAAUUGUUCACCAGUCAUAUCAUUAUCAUUAUCGUUUCGUGUGGAUAAAAUGGCUGGUAAUAAAGUACAAUUCACUCGUUCAUUAUUGAAUGCUAAUUCUGAAGAAUAUCAAUAUUUGGAAUUUGAAUCUAUACAUGCAAUGAAUUCAUUGUUUGCACAGACCAAAUCAUUGAAUACUUAUUUGAUGGCUGUCAAAAUUAAUCGAUUCUAUGCUGUUGGUGGCCGUACCAUUGUCAAUGCAACCAUUUCAUUACGAUCGAAUGAUAGUUCGAUCAAUACAUCACAACGUAUCAAACGACAAUUACAGCAAGAAUUAACGCAAGCUAUAAUUGAAUCACAAAAUAAUCUUGGUGAAUCACAGUUAUCAGUGGAUUCUGGUUCAAAUGCUAUCACACGAAUCGAUGAUCUGGAUGAAUGUUCCGCACCCGAUCUAAAUGAUUGUUCACGUAAUGCACAUUGUGUGAAUGAAUUCGGUGGUUUCCGUUGUGAAUGUGAAUCCGGUUAUGAAGAUAAAUUCGCUGAUGGUGAUCGAUGGCAAACCGGUCGUGUUUGUUCAACUUGUUCACCAUCAUAUUGUUCAAAUCGUGGUGAAUGCUUAAUCAUCAAAGGUGAACGUGUUUGUCGAUGUCGGGCAAACUUUAUUGGUAGCCAAUGUGAUAUUGAUGCUGAAGUUUUAGGUGUUGCUGUUGGUGGUUCCAUUGCUGCAUUGGUCAUCAUUGUCAUUACAUUCAUCUGUCUUUAUAUGUGGAACCAAAGAUUUCGUCAUGAACAACAAAAAAUUGAAGCAAUGUCAGCUGCAAGUGGUCAUACAUUUAGCUAUAUGAAUAAACCUUCAGCUGCAUCAUUAGCAGCAUUGGCUACAAUGUCACGUAUGUCAACUAUUGAUGGUACAGUUGUUGGUGCCGGUGGAUAUGGUAGAUCAUUAUCAUCAUCAUUAUGGCCCCAAAUACAUCAUCAUCAUGCAUAUUCGGCUGAUUCACAACAACAUUUAUUACAAUCAUCAUCAUCGACAAAUACGACAACUAAUUCAGCUAGUACAAAUGGCUAUGGUUAUACAGGUGGUGGUGGUGGUACAACAGCUACAAAUAAUAUGCAGGAUACAACAACAACAACAAAUUUACAGCAUCCAAAUGCUAGUCACGUGUAUGCACAACCAGUAAGAGUUGUACCGAAUAAUAAUAAUAAUCAUCAUCAUUCAUCAUCUGAUCAUUAUGAUCCAUCAUCAUCAAAUAUUGGUUAUUCAACCGAAUCAAUAUGGAAUAAUGGCCGUAAUGGCCGUAAUUCAACACGUACAAUUAGUACGGCCAAUAAUAAUAAUAAAACAUCAAAAUCUCGACAUUAUAAUAAUCAUCAUGAUUCAUAUCAUAAUGAUCGUAGACAUAAUAAUCACAAUAAUAAUAAUAAUAAUAAUAAUAAUGGUACCAUUUCAGGUGGCCAAUCAACUGGAAUACAUUAUCCAUCAUCAUAUAAACAUGAUGUCUAUAAUGAAACGGAAUUUUCUACACGUGAAUUAAUCUAUUCACCAGGACAUUUAUAUGCAACAAAUCCAUCUGCUGCAAGACAUCAUCAAUCAUCAAGCCAUGCUUAUUAUUAAUUGAUUGUGAUUUGAUGAUAAUUAUUUUGAAUCAAAUCAGA